AUGCAAUAUGUCAAGUACCAAACUGAUCGCCUUGCUGCACUCGACAAACAAAUAGACCAUGAGGACAUUAUAGAGAAAACCUUAGAAGGUCUUGAUGAUGACUAUCGUCAAAUCGCUAAUGUAGUAGAAGGCAGGGACAAUCCCAUCUCGUUUGAAGAGCUUCAUGAGAAACUCAUCAACAGGGAACUCACGCUUCAGCAGUUGCAAUAUGUAUCAAUUCUGCAUCCCGCCACGACUAAUGCUGUGUCGACUAGACCCCGCCCCAUCGCCACCUUCACCCCAGACCAACAACAUUCCCGAGGAAACCCCACAACUCAUCAAGACCUACGAGCCUCCGGCUGCUCGAUCUCCUACACAAACCCACCGCCGCCCCCCUUCCCCAGUCCUCUCUUCAGCAGCAAGCCCUGUGCAGCUCACCCCGCCACCCGCUUCAUCCUCAGCCCGUCUCUUCACCGCCGCCCCCGCCAGACUCGCUGCCGUCGUCGCCCCAGCGGCGCAGGCAAGUCGACCGACUCCUCGACAUCUCUCAGCCUCCUGCGUCGCCCCCUCGUCCGGCACCUCCUCCUCAACUCUACCCCCCUCCACCCUCCUGCCUUCCGCCGCCUCGCCUACGUCCCCCAGCACGACUCCUCCCUCCCCUCCUCACCGUCUCCGAGACCUCCUCUUCGCCGCCCGCCUCCUGCUGCCGACCCUCCCUCGUCGCCCGCCGUCGCAUCCCUCCUCUCCGAGCUUCGCCUGUCGCACCUCGCAGACAAGAACCGCCUCUCCGACGGUUUGUCCGGCGGAGAGCGCCGGCGCGUGUCGAUCCGGGCUGAGCCUCCUGCCAAUGAUCCUGCCGUCCUCCUCCUGACGAGGCCGACGUCUGGACUUGACAGCACGUCCGCGUUCAAUGUAAUCCAGUCGCUGAAGUCCAUCGGCCGUGUGCGCGUCGGCGGACGUGAUACUGUCGAUCCAUUCAAGCCAAGCUUUAAACUGCUGUCGGCCAUUGACUCGAUCCUGCUUCUCUCGAAAGGGUCAGUGGUCCACCACGGUGACGUUGCGUCGCUCGAGCGGUAUCUCUACUCAGCUGGUUAUAGUGUCCCGGCUCAGCUCAAUCCGCUCGAGUACGCGAUGGAGAUCGUCGACCAGCUUCCGAUCACAAAAUCAUCGGCAUUUAGCCAGUCGUCACCCCCGCCGCCAGGGAAAUUCAAGAAACGGGCGACGGAGGUGCGAUACACGAGCUCGAGAGCUCGUGAGAUCGCCACUCUAUAUAUCCGCUUCUGCAAGAUCAUAUACAGAUCAAAGCAACUGCUAUUCACAAACACACUCGAAGCUUUAAUUGUCGGGUUUCUUCUAGGCACGAUCUACAUUCAUGUGGACUACAACAAACAAGGAAUGGACAACAGAUUAGGGUUCUUCGCAUUCACCUUGACCUUCCUCCUCUCCUCAACAACUGAAACGCUACCGAUCUUCGUCAACGAGCGCCCGAUCCUCCUCCGAGAGAUUUCAUCGGGGGUCUAUCGCCUCUCGUCGCACCUCAUCGCCAACACUCUUGUGUUCCUCCCUUACCUCUUCAUAAUCUCCCUUCUCUACUCCUUCUCCGUCUACUUCAUCGUCGGUCUCUGCAGCUCGUGGACCGCCUUUGCGAACUUCGUCAUGAUCGUCUGGACUGUAAUCUUAACCGCUAACUCUUUCGUUCUUUUCGUAAGUUCGAUGUCACCCAAUUAUAUAGCCGGGACGACGCUUGUCACUGUGUCACUCGCCGCGUUCUUUUUGUUCUCCGGGUAUUUUCUGUCAAAGGAGAGUAUGCCGGCGUAUUGGUUGUUUAUGCAUUACCUGUCGCCAUACAAAUACGGGCUCGAUGCUAUGCUGGCGAACGAGUACGCUUGCGAGGCCGGACGGUGUUUCGAGUGGUCGGAGGAGGAGCGGGCGGUGUGUGUGGUGGCGGGGAAGGAUGUGUUAGAGAGUAGAGGGUUAAGGGUGGGGCAGAGGUGGGAGAAUCUUGAGGUGUUGGUGGGGUAUUUUGUUUUGUACAGGGUUCUGUAUUGGGUUGUGCUUAGUAGGAGAGCUGCUAGCAGUAAGAGAUAGUUUUGUGCAUGAUGUUUUGGCUCGUGUUGAUGUGAGAAGUGUAAACUCUCUGCCCGUGAUAACUGAUUUGUGGCUAAUUUGUGCAUUUGUACCAA